AUGUUAUACUUUCACACAAACAAUAUUAUUGAUCGGGUCUAUGGGUUGGGCAGUAAUAAUAAGGGAGAGUUAGGUUUGGGACACAACCGACCCAUCGAUACACCAGAAGAAGUGCCACAAUUAAGGCAUCAAAAUAUACAACACUUUUUCAAUGGAGCGGUUAUGGUAUUGGCUAUGAAUACCGAUCACCGGAUAUACAGCUGGGGCUCCAAAAGUAAGCAACAGUUAACUAAGGAGAAAAUGUUUAUCGAUGUCUAUUAUAAGCCGGAGAUUAUAACACUAUUUAAUACAAACGAGAUUAGGAUAACACAAAUUAGUUGUUGUUAUAAUAUUAUACUCGGCUUAUCAUCCGAUGGCCGGGUAUACAAAUGGUUCGCCGAUAGUCCAAAAAAACUUCAACCUAUUCGCAUUGAUUUUACCGAUGAGUACCAAACUAUUUCUAAUGCAAAUAAUAUCGAUAUGUUUGAGACGCUGGCAAUGAUAGGAAAGGGAGGUUACGGACAGGUUAUGAAAGUUAGCCACAAAACUACUGGCGAUGUGUUUGCUAUCAAGAAAUGCCAAUUACGGGUAUUAACAGCAAAACAGAGAGAAAAUGUAUUGAAAGAAACGGAAAAUUUAAUAAAAUUGCGCUCAGAAUAUGUCAUUCAAUACUACUAUUCGUGGAUUCAAUACAACUGUUUAUACAUUCAAAUGGAGCUCUGUUUCAAUGGUUUGAUUCAUUUGAUCAAAACUCAAAGAAAAUUGUUUAAAAUGUAUAAAACAUAUGAUUAUUACAUAUCAUAUGAUAUAUUCAAACAAUUGGUGGAAAGUGUGGAGUAUUUGCAUAAAAAUAAUAUCAUUCACAGAGACCUCAAACCCGAUAAUGUGUUGAUUUCUAUGCCAUAUAUUUAUACAAAUCAUAGAUAUAUAAAGUUAUGUGACUUCGGUUUGUCUAAAGAAGUGAAAGCAUUGAGUGAUGAAUACAAUCAAAGGAGUGCUAAACACACCGCAGAUAUCGCCCAAUAUAUGGCACCCGAAGCACAGUUUGGCACCGAUUAUAACCAUUUAAUAGAUGUCUAUAGUCUGGCACUCAUUGGAGCAGAACUUUUUCACUUUGAUUCCGAUUAUAUCAGAGACGGAGUAAUUCAAACCAUUAAAACUAAUGAUAAAGAAUUAGACAAUAAAUUAUCAGAAAUAUACGGAUUAUUGCUAUCAAUGAGUGUUAGUAUAUAUACAGAGAGUUAUAGAAAGAUUGAUUGGAGACUAAGACCCGAAUGUGACGUAAUUUUAGACAAAUUAAUGGCUAAAAAAUGUCGCAUAUUUAGCGAGUUCACUUUGGUCCGGGACAACACCGAACAACUGGCCGUAGCCCUGGAGCUAUCUGGCCAAAAAGAUGCCGCCAAACAAUUGCGCCAAUUCAACCUAUCGGAACGACCAUGGUCAUAUUCCCACGAUAUCAACCUAACUGUCGUACCCGCCCGAGCCCUGCGCUCCGACACAUCCAAGCAGUGCAAAAUGGAGACCAAACCCCGCGGUGUGGCCCUAGUAUUUGUCACUAUACCCGAGCUGUACAACGAGGCCGAACGAUUCNGAGAGUUAGGUUUGGGACACAACCGACCCAUCGAUACGCCCGAAGAAGUGCCACAAUUAAGGCAUCAAAAUAUACAACACUUUUUCAAUGGAGCGGUUAUGGUAUUGGCUAUGAAUACCGAUCACCGCAUAUACAGCUGGGGCUCCAAAAGUAAACAACAGUUAACUAAAGAGAAAAUGUUUAUCGAUGUCUAUUAUAAGCCGGAGAUUAUAACACUAUUUAAUGAGAUUACGAUAACACAAAUUAGUUGUUGUUAUAAUAUUAUACUCGGCUUAUCAUCCGAUGGCCGGGUAUACAAAUGGUUCGCCGAUAGUCCAAAAAAACCCAAACCUAUUCGCAUUGAUUUUACCGAUGAGUACCGUAUUUCUCGGGUUAUAACCAGCUUUUCUCUAUUGUUUUCCAUAACAACCGACGGCCGG